AUAAAAUAAAAAUUAACCGGUUUCUGCAAGCGCUUCCAAACCUUCAUUCAUAAAGGAAAGGGAACUUCAAAGCGACGAGAUCCCUAGUGUACAACACCUGCUUCCCUUCCGCCCUCUCCCUCAACGGAGUAUGACGCUUUCUACAGUUUGAGUUCCGUCACGUACAUCCCGUACCUGGGCAAAGUUAGUAUGGUGCAUCCACCCAAUCUUCGGCGUCAGCCGUAGCCGCCUAGCCCAGGUGAUAUACGUACAGAGAGGGUAGCGUAACACAAACGAUACAAUUUAUUGAGCUUACGGGUCGUUGAAUAGGCUGGUUUUCAUAUUUACUUUCAGCUCCGAGAGAUAAGAGCUCAAUUGCAACGUUUCAACUCUGUUCUAACUUGAAGGUUGACUAUGGCUGACAAUUACUGCAGGAUUGAAGAGGAUAAGAUUAGGGAGAUCAGGGAGGUGCUGGAAAACUCAAGGUUGACCAUGGAAGAGGGGUAUUACAUAAUUGAUGAGGAUGAGGUGAGGGAGAUCAGGGAGGCACUGGAAAAUGAAACCUUGACUUCAGCGGUGGCUAAGAUCCAGGAAUAUUGUGAGCAGCUUGACUGUGUGGAACUAAAUAUUGCCAUCACGGGAGAGUCCGGCUCUGGCAAGUCCACCUUUGUCAAUGCAUUCCGGGGCCUGGGGGACGAAGACGAGGGGGCGGCUCCAACCAGUGUGGUUGAGACGACCAUGGAGCCAACUGUGUACCCCCACCCUAAAUAUCCCCAAGUCAAAGUGUGGGACCUUCCCGGGAUUGGGACACCCAACUUCAAAGCAGACGAGUACCUUCAAAAAGUAGAAUUCCAGCGUUAUGAUUUCUUCAUCAUCAUUGCCUCAGAACGAUUCAAAGUCAGCAACGUGCAGCUGGCCACUGAGAUUCAGGGCAUGAAGAAGAAAUUCUACUUUGUCCGCUCAAAGAUCGACAGAGACCUAGAUUCAGAGAAAAGGAAAAAGGGAUUUGACCAGAACAAAACACUCUGUUUAAUUCGGCAAAACUGCAUCAAAGGCCUCCAGGAAUGCGGGGUGGAAUCCCCCACAGUCUUCCUCAUCUCCAGCUUCGAUCUGCAGCUCUAUGACUUCCCGCAGCUGGAGGAGACAGUGGAGAGAGAGCUGCCCAAGCACAAGCGGUGUGUGCUCCUGCUGUCACUGCCCAACAUCACCCUAGACAUCAACAAGAGAAAGAAGGAGGCCCUGCAGGCCAACAUAUGGAAGAUGGCCCUGCUGUCGGGUGCCAUAGCAGCUGUGCCCAUCCCAGGUCUGUCCGUGGCGGUGGAUGUGACCAUCCUGGUCAAAGAGCUCACCAGUUAUUACCAGGCUUUUGGCCUGGAUGAUGAAUCCCUGCAGAAUCUCUCUGAGAAAACGAAUGUGCCACUGGAGGAGCUGAUGGCGGUCCUCAAAUCUCCCCUCAACAAGGAGAUAUCGGUCGACGUGAUCAUCAAGUUGCUGACCAAAUUUGCUGGGGCAGGGCUGAUGCUGCUGGAGUUCUGGGUCAGCGCAAUCCCGGUGUUCGGCUCCAUGGCAGCCGGGGGGAUCUCGUACGCCACCACUCACAGCAUGCUGACGUCCUGCUUGAAUGAGCUGGCAGACGACGCACACAACGUCCUGAUGAGAGCUUUGCAGACAGAAGUGUGAAGAGCAGGCUUCUCACCAGUUAAAGUGCCUUUCUGUACUAGUACCUGUGAUCUUUAUGAAGAUGUUCUCGUGGAACUUAAAGUUUGUGUAUUCUUUUACAAGAUAUAGUAUUGUUUGUACUGGAAUAACACAGCUAAGCAAUCUUUAUUCUUUAUUUUUUAUAAUGAGCAAUAUACACAUUUAUUAUACUCAUGACUGUCACUUUGGAUUUUUAUGUGGAUGUAUCUAUAAAGAGAAUUAAUUGACACCAUGGACAAAUUCUUAGCUGGUUUGAUUUAUUUGACAUAAUAACAUCAUCUAUAUCUCAGGAAACCUAUCCAUGUUCUGUUUUUUUGGGAUUAGUUUGGCACAUACAGGGUUUGGGCUGGUAUUCUGUCUUUUAAAUAAAACAAAUUAAUGUCACACAUGAAGCACAGUAAAAUCCACCAAUCUUUAGUCAAUGCAAUCUAUAACUAUAUGUUUAAUAUGUGUGCGAUUAUAUGUAUAUUUUUUAUUCUUGAAUAAAUCACAUGCAAAAAACA